AUGCCAAAGGAUGCUUUUACUUGCUUUUUUACAUCUGAAGCAGAAAUUUCUAUUUCAUAGCAGUUAAAAUAAGAUCAAAAUUUAUCAUCUAUAACUAAUUAAUGGGAAUAAAACUUUACUUUAGUUGAUGAAUACAUAAAUAGCGAAAUUUAAAAUGUAGAUUAAUUUGUUGAGUAAAUUAUUAAUCUCAAGAGGAUCGAUGAAUAAUAAAUUACUAACUUUUUAAAUACUAAAUAAGAACUGUCUAAAAUUGAUAUUUUAUAUGAUCUUUUACCUUAAGCUGAAAAUUUGGUGAAAAAAUUAAAUGGAGCCUUGUAAAGAGCUAUUGCAGCACUACUUGAGAAUGUGAAGUUGGAAUUGAUUUCAUACUAAUAAAAUAAUGUAAAUGAAUAUUACUAGAAGCUGUUAUUUUUAUCAGAUGUGAUUAAAGAUGAAAAAUCCAUUCAUUUAUUUAUUGCUUAAGUGAUGUAGAACAUUUCAAACCAAAUGAAAAAGUCAGAAAGCUUUUUAGAGUUGCCCGUUUUUGCCUGCUAAUGA